AUGUCCCAGUCCACCACAAGAGCCUCAUCGGCUCCCAAGGCCUCAGCCUCCGGCCUUACUCGCGUCUACCUCCUCGCCUACAAUGUCGUCAGCUUCUGUCUCUGGGCCACCUGCGUCGUCCGCGGCGCAAUGCUAGUCCUCUCGCUCGCGCCCACCGGCCACCUCCCCGCCAUCUUCCACCACAUCUACUUCCCGCUGCUCACAACGACCCAGACGCUCGCGGGCCUGGAGAUCCUGCACAGUCUGCUGGGCAUCGUGCGCGCCCCCGUCGUGACAACCGCCAUGCAGGUCGCCAGCCGGCUCCUCCUGGUCUGGGGCGUGAUGUAUCUCUUCCACGACCGCGGGGACGGGCACGGCGGCAUCGUCGGCGGAGACUUCCACGAGUCAUUGCCGUAUGGGCCUGGCGCCAAGGUGGGUGAUUAUGCGUUCCUGGGAUGUCUGGGGCGUGGGGUUUGGGGCCGUGGUGUCCCGAGUUGGUGGACUUGGUUGAGGUAUAAUACCUUCUAUGUGCUCUAUCCGAUUGGUAUUAGCAGCGAGUGCAUCAUGGUUUGGCAGGCUCUCAAGCCCGCUGCAGAAUGGAACCCUCUUUACUGGUGGUUCUUGGUGGUGGUGCUUGUCAUCUAUGUGCCCGGCUCAUACAUUCUCUACACGCACAUGAUUGCACAGAGGCGCAAGGUUAUGAAGAAGAAGGGAAGAGCCGAGUAA